AUGAAAUUUUUAUCAAGUAUUUUAUUAUUUCGUCAAGCUAUAUUAUUACAACCAUCACCAGCAGCAGCACCGCAACAAUUAUUGUUAACGAAAACAAAUCUAAAUUUAACAACAUUGACAACAUCGUUUAAUAUAUUGAAUAGAUUAUGGAGAAAAAUUCAACAAAAAACUGGUUUUGCAGUUGGUCUGGUUGAAAUAUUUGGGCCAAUAGUAUUGGCGGUUCCAAAGAAAAAAACCUCACAUUCGAAAAAAAGAAUGAGGUCAGCAAACAAAGGAUUAAAAGAUAAAGUCAAUGUUAUUCAAUGUCCUGGUUGUGGUAGAAAAAAUUUAAUACAUCAUCUAUGUUUUCAUUGUUAUUGUGAUUUUAGAAAGAGAGAAAAAGGUCUCAGAAGUUUCAAUUAG